CAAUUACUAUGUGGGAAAUCCAUAUAAAUUUGUAUUAGCCGGUCACUCCACCGAGGAUUGACGAACUAUUAUGCAACAAAUUAAACCGGUCAAACCGGUAGCGAGUAACCGGUUUCCCAAGACCUUUUUCCCCCUUUUUAGCUACUGGCUUCGCCAAGAUCUAUAUCGACAUUUGUCAGCCAAAGCAUAAGCAGAUUACGCCACCGACGACACAAAGGAAACCCUGAAAAUUCCUUUCACCAUCUAAGCUGAAAAUGGGAAUUGAGAAGCAAGUCCUCAGGCCCGGAACCGGUCCCAAACCCACCGCCGGUCAGACCGUCACCGUUCACUGCACUGGCUAUGGGAAAAAUGGUAAUCUGUCUGAGAAGUUCUGGAGUACAAAGGAUAAAGGACAACAGCCUUUCUCUUUCCAAAUUGGCAAGGGUUCUGUUAUUAAAGGAUGGGAUGAAGGUGUGAUGGGAAUGCAAGUGGGAGAAGUUGCUCGUCUUCGGUGCUCUCCAGACUAUGCUUAUGGUGCUGGCGGAUUUCCAGCAUGGGGAAUACAGCCAAACUCAGUUCUUGAUUUUGAGAUUGAAGUCCUAACCUUGCACUGAGGACGUGGCAGUUGGUAACUGUUGGAAGAAUAUGUAGGCUGAAUAAGUCACAUGCCAUGAACAUAUAUGGAUAUUAUCGGGUAGCAUGUAUGAUUAUUGAGGAAUAUCUGUAUGAGCAUCUAAUUUAUGCAUGACAAAGCUAUUCACUGGUGACAGAUUUUUUAAUAUUAGUAACCCCACUGGGGUUUCUACCCGCAAUAGCUGUUCGUCGUUCACUUUUA